UACACUACACAGAACAGUGAUCAAUGAGCAUACACCACUAUUUACCAGACUAGAACAACCCAUUAGAAUAAUCUGCCUUCGUUGCUAGACUAGCAAUACUGCGGUACGCCGUUUCACACACCAAAUGAGACUUACAUACAUCUUAGGAUUGGUACUUACGACUUUCGCUGUCGUCAUGGCGGAGUAUUCGCCAAAGACCAACAUCAUAAACAAUCCUAUUGUUGCCUCGGACAUGAAGUUCCUUACUCGAUCUGACAACAUAUUGUUGUUGCGAGAUCAUCAGCUCAUGAUUUCCUUUGAUAAAGGUAAAUCGUUCCGCCCUGUGGAGGAAACUAAAGGCAGUCGUGUGACGUUUUUCGAGUUAUUUGUUGAUGCAUAUUAUGAUGCCAUGGCAUUCACCACUAGCAACCAGUACUAUCUCACUACCGAUGGAGGUCUGACCUGGAAGGAAUAUACAUUUCCUGACUAUAACUCCAAUUUUCAGCUUCAUAAUGUGAGCCUCACGUAUAAUGAAAUGUUUCUAACCGAGGACAUGAUGUUUUCAGUAUGGUACUGUCCUGUUGAUUCACCAAGCAGCUAUUUGUGUGAACAUAAAAUGUACUACUCCUCCCGAAUAAACAACUUUGAAUUCCAUUCUCCUAGAAGAAUGCACAUAGAUGCCGUGAAGUGUGCGUAUGCUAAUAAAUACAUUAAUGAGGUCGUUUGCAUCGAGAAUGAAUUGGAUUCUAAUGGUAAUGUUGUGAAGUCGAACUUGAGAUUCUCUUCAGACUAUUUCCGCGAAAAUAAUAUACUUGCAGAAACCCCUUCAGCAGGUGUUGUCACCGAGUUGAGAAGCGAAAGUGGUGUAAUCGUUGCUGUGGUAAAUUAUUUGGACAGUAAUUAUGAUUUCACACAUUUUUGGGUUCAAGAAGGUAGUGAUCCAAUAUUUAAGGAAACGAACUUUAAAUUCAAUGAUUCCUACGGUGAUGUGACAAUUUUGAAUGUAUCUCGCGAUUCUAUUAGGCUUUUAAUUGUGGAUUACUCCGUAUCAAUGAAUGGUUUCAAUGUUUCAAUGAUGUAUACAAUGUCUAGAAAGUAUUAUGACUUCACAUUCAAAUUCGAAGAGGUAUUAGCAAAUAUUGAAGGAGGUUCAAUCCAAAGAGCUCAUACUCUGUCAUUUGGUUUUUGGAAUACUGACGAUGGUGCUUGGUUGGCCAAUGUGGUCUACCACGAUCGAGAAAACAAUUUGACCCAUGUGCUGAUUGAUGAUGCAAUGAGUAGAAAUGACAUAGAUAUAAAAUCGGUAAAUACGCUCGAUCAUGGGGUAGUCUGGAAUCCUUUGGCAAUUAUUGAUGAUGAUAGCUGUAAGGUAUCUGAUGGUUGUUCUCUUCAUAUUUCUUUAUCAUCAAAAGGUAAUCGCCUGGGAAAUAUUGUGACAGGGCCUACUCUGGGUAUUUUAAUGGCCGUAGGUAACAAAGGUCAAAAAUUACUGACAGAUAUAAAUGAAAUGACUUCAUGGGUAUCCAGAGACUUUGGAGCUACAUGGUCCAGUGCUAUCAAUGAACCCUGUUUGUUCUCCUUUGGGAGCUACGGUGAUGUAAUUAUAGCUGUUCCUUUUGUGGGAAUUCAUGAAAGGAGUACUCUGGUUUAUUACUUUUCUUUGGAUCAUGGCCAAACGUGGGCUAAGAGGUCUGUUGGUUUGAAUUUUUACCCUACUACCUUAAUAACAACCCCGGAUGGGUCUAGAAACGCUUUUGUCGUUUCGGGACUAUUAGACGAAGAAUCUGAUAAUCCCAUUGACACUGCUCCUGAAGUAUUAUACUCGCUUGACUUUUCUGAUGCGUUCCAGGGAAAGAAGUGUCUUGAUGAAUUUGAGUCUUUCUUCGUAUCAGGUACCGAUGAUCCCGGUUGUUUCAACUAUGGAACUUUCGAAUUUUCUAGAAGAAAGCAGAAUGCCCGUUGCUUCACGCGUUCAAUGUCACCAACAUAUGUAGUGUGCAACUGUACCAUGGCUGAUUAUGAAUGUUCAAGGAAUUUUAAACCUUCCCAAAACGAUCCAAACGUCUGUGUCCCAGAUUUAAUUAAAAUUGCUGAGAUUUGUAGGGAAUCGAACAGCAAGGUAAUUACAAAAUGGGCCAAGUCAAGAAAAACCUUCCAUUGCGCUGGUGAUAAAUUUCUCGAGGAGCACAGGUUCGUAUGCUCAAGGUUCGAUACUAAAUAUGGAUAUCACGAUAAUAAUGAUACCCUUAUAAAUAUCAAGGUGUCUUCUAAUUCUUUCAUGGAUGGUAUCCUUCGAUUAACUUUCUUUGAGGAAGGUGAAGGAUUUGGACCAGAAAAUGUUCUUCUUUUGACCAACAAUGGUAGUGUCUAUACAUCCAGUGAUGGGGGGACUAGUUUCACUAAAGCCCCAGUUAAGGAGCAGAUUAGGAAUUUCCAUGUUGGUCUUGUUCCGGGACAGGUAAUUUUAAAUACCGACACCGGUACUAUCUAUUCAUCUGUUGAUGCUGGACGCACAUUUAGUAGGUACGAGGCACCUGUACCACCAACACAAAUAGCAUACAACUCGCUGCAAAUUGAUAAAGUGAUAUCCUUCCAUAAAACUGAACUGGGAACCUUCAUUUGGCAUGGGGAUAAUGGCGAAAUGGGUCUGGAUGCUUACAUUACUCAUGAUGGGGGAAGAAGCUUUGCUUUAUUGAAAGAGGAUACUUCGUAUUGUGAAAUCGUUGGACCUCAUUUGCAUGAGCGAAACAAUCAAAACAGAAAUAUGAUUUUCUGUAAAACGUUAACUGAUGAACCUGGAAUAUGGAAAUUGGAAUCCUCUAAUAAUUGGUUCAAGGAUUCUAAAUUAGAAUUUGAGAAUAUGCUCGGACAUAGUAUUACUGGCAGGUAUUUGAUGGUCGUGACUGUGAAUAUCCGAUCGCAGACAUUAGAGGUGAAGGUUUCCUUUGAUGGGUUGAUUUUUGAAGAUGCUGGCUUUCCUUCUGAUCUUAAGGUCAAUUGGGAGUCUGGAUACACCAUAUUUAAUACUGAUCAUGAAGCUGUAUUUAUGCUAGUUGGAUCAUCUGAUUCUCUGGACUUUUAUUAUCUGAAAAGCACAGGAACCCUCUUAAAGUCAAGCUUCAAUGGAAGAGACUUCAUCACUUCUCUCGAAAGAGUCAAAAGAUACCCUUCUGGCUACGCUGCUUUUGAAAGAGUCGAAAGCUUAGACGGAGUCAUCAUCAGUAACACUGUGGCGCUUGGAUUAUUUGGAUUGGAGGUACUUAAGACACUUAUUAGCCAUAACGAUGGAGGCGAAUGGACUUAUUUGACUCCGCCAACUGUGGGUCACAACCCAUGUUCUGGUCAGGAUUUAUCAAAGUGCUCUUUGCACUUGGCUGACCUCGCUCUCGGUCAUCGUAAAGAUAAUUCCAGGCCUUAUCCGACUCCUGGUAUGAUUAUCGGCAGGGGGCGGGUUGGUGAAUAUNUUUCCGGCGAUAAGCCUCUCGAUCAUUUUAUUUCUAGGGACGGUGGUGUCACCUGGGAAUAUUUAUUUGACUACGACUCCAUAUUAGCUUAUGGUGAUAGUGGAGCAAUUAUGGUGUCCAGCGGUAAGUUUGGAUCCCUGAAAGGCUUAAAAUAUUCUUUGGACGAAGGAAGAACUUGGAAUGAGUACAAACUUGAAGGAAAUCUGAUCCAUAUUCGUGAGUUGACUGCUGGGCUAUCCCGCACUUCCAAGAAGUUCUUAAUCUUUGGAAAUGCCGACAAUUCGGAAGUGGAUUACACUUACUCAAUCGAUUUCUCAGAUAUUUAUAACAGGCAAUGUCAUUUGGACCUUGAGAACCCUGAUUCAGAUGAUUUCGAGUACUGGACUCCCUCUCAACCCAAUCAACCAGACAAGUGCAUGUUUGGGCGUGAAGAAAGGCACUUAAGGCGUAGCAGUAUCGAUUGUUUUAUUGGAAGCGUACCAUUCACCAAAGAAUACGAAGUGGUCAGAAACUGCACAUGCUCAAGGAGUGACUUCGAGUGCGAUUUCAACUAUUCCAGAGACAUUGAUGGGACUUGCAAAUUGAACAAAGGAAUGUCACCUCUUAAUCGCCUUGAUGAAAUGUGCGGUAAAAAGAAUGCAUUUGAAUAUUUUGAAUCCACUGGUUACAGAAAAAUUACGAUGUCCACUUGUGAAGGAGGAAACGAAUUUGAUAAAUGGGAUGCUAUUGCUUGUCCAGGGAAGGAGAAACAAUUUAAUAGACACUAUAGCAAAGAGUUGACUGCGAGCAAGUUUGCGAUACUUCUUGGUAUUCCAUUAGUUAUUUUCGUCUUUGUCACUUGGUUUGUCUAUGACAGGGGUAUUCGGAGAAAUGGUGGAUUCGGGAAGUUUCGUGUAAUCAGAUUAGGUGAAGAUGAUCAACAAAUUAUCGAGAACGACAACAUAGAUAAAUUUAUCAACAUAAUAAUCAAGUGCGGGAUCACUGUUGUUGCUGGAGUGUUUGCCGCGGGCAGAACUUUGAGAAAGCUUGACGGAGUGUUCUUUAAGAAGCUUUUUUCUGCAAUCUUUAGAGGAUCUACUGGUGGUGAAGACUUUAUCUCGGUUCCCAAUAUCGAAGAGCUGUUACUUAGAAACACCGAUGACAUAGAAAGAACUCCCGGAACUACCCUGAUCUUCACCGAAGUGACCCAGCCAGAAUACGCUGAUACUACUACUCAAGAUGGUACUAGUAGCGAUUCGAGACUUCUUGACAGUGAAGCUCACUCAUAAAAUAUCAUUAGUAUAUGAAUAGUCAAUAUCAUAGUACAUCACAUCUGCCGCAGCAUACAUCUAAUACAUAUCGUACUGAAAUAUAAUUAUUAAGUAAAUGUUCAAUAGAAGGAGUAAAACAUUACUAUAACUAAAAAAAGUAACUAUUUAAUGUCAUAAACAAAUUUAAUGACAAUAAAG